AAAUUAGGGUUUCGGGGUUGUGGGUUCUCGGUACUAGGGGCACAGGCGGACAACAUCAACUCCCUCUUCCCGACCUGUUGCGGUCGCACUAGCCGCUGCUUCGUCUCUCAUACCACCUUGCGCGUCCGAAUCUCUAUUACAAUGGCCAAGAUCAAGGUUCACGAGCUCCGUAGCAAGAGCAAGAAUGAACUUCUUAACCAGUUGAAGGAGCUGAAAGCAGAGCUUGCUGCUUUGCGAGUGGCCAAGGUUACCGGAGGGGCGCCCAACAAGUUGUCCAAGAUCAAGGUGGUUAGGCUUUCAAUCGCCCAGGUGCUAACCGUCAUUUCCCAGACACAAAAGGCUAGCCUUCGUGAAGCGUACAGCAAGAAGAAGUACAUUCCUAUUGACCUGCGCCCGAAGAAAACUCGCGCUAUUCGCAGGAGGCUGACCAAGCACCAGGCAAGCAUGAAGACUGAGAAACAAAAGAAGAAGGAAGCUUACUUCCCUAAGAGGAAGUUUGCAGUGAAGGCUUAGAAUUCAUCUGUGGCUUGUGGCAGAUCCUUUUUUUGUUAACCUUUUAAAAGUGAAGAUUCCUGUUUUCAGCCUCAGACCUAA